AUGGCUACUCUGAAUUCUACUGCCUCAAGGCCUCGCCGUAAAAUAGCAUUAGUUAUCGGAAACCAGAAUUAUAUUCAAUCUGAAGAUAGACUUCGUCAUUGUAUCAAUGAUGCUAAUGAUCUUAGUAACGUGCUACGAAAUAUUAAAUUUCAGGUAAAAACGGCACGUGAUCUUACAAAGUCACAAAUGGCCUCUACAAUAUCCGCUUUUGCUGAGACAAUCGUUGACGGCGAUUUGGUUAUGUUCUACUUUUCUGCCCAUGGCUAUCACGUUAAUGGCAGAACAUAUUUGGCUCACGUAGAUGAUGAUUUAAUUAAAUCUGAUGAAGAUGUUGAGGAUUAUUGUACUUGUGCCGAACGCACUCUUCAUCAAUUAAGACAAAAAAAUCCAUCCUUUGUGACGGUAUUUAUACUGGAUUGUUGUCGAGUACACUAUCCAAAAAACAAAAGGCAAAGAAAAGCGAAGCUCGAAGGUAUUAGUUUACAUGCAAUGGAAGUACCGGAUGGCAGCUACGUCGUCUUUGCAUGUAGCCCAAAUCAAAUUGCCUCUGAUGGUGAUACUACUGAUAGAAAUGGAUUAUUCGCCAAACAUCUAUUGAAACACAUAGCAAAGCCAAAUAAAGAUAUUACGCAGCUAUUUCGUACUGUAGCUAAUGGCGUUUGUAUUGAAAGUAAACAAAAACAGAAGCCUAUACGUAUGGAUGGUCUAAUGCGGUUGGAGCACAUUUCCUUAAAUGAAAAGCCUACCGCUGCACAAUAA